CUCGGCUUUCGUCCAGCCAGCUUUCUUCCCAAUUCACAAGAUUAUCAUGCAUAUGAGGCUGUUCGUGACGAGUUCUUACGUUCAGCUAGGGGCCGUGCUGCAUUGUUAAGUGGGGGCAUAGUUGCUCGAUUAGCUCGCGAGAUUGUCAAUGAAGACGAUGUCUGUGAUGGACCUACUGUACAUGCUCUGCAAGAAGGAGAGCAUGCACUUUGUGUGUGGGAAGUGGGCCGAGGCCGUGCAUUCUGGGAUGACCAACUGACAAAUGAAGAAAUUGAUCUCAUAUGUGGUGCAUAUGAGGUUGCUACAGGCAUCAUCUCGAAGGAGGGUGUACAGCAGACUGCAAUGCGAUCCUGGUGGCCUCGUCCGAACUCUUGGAGAACAUGUGGGCUCAACUGUGGAUUUUGGUCAAAAGAUGCCGAAGAUUGGUUUCAAAAGCGACUGACUAAAAUUCAAAACUCU